CAUAUUAUUUAUAAAUAUAAACUCUGGAUUUCAGAUAGAUAAAUGGUAGUGGACUGAGUCACAGAAACAGAAUGCACGUGAUGACGAAGGGCAAGAUUAAGCUUGGGCGUGAAACCCUCACUAACGAGAAACAUUUUACCAGUCUCAGCAAAACCUUCUCCGACGCAUUCGUUACCGGCAAGUUCUGCGAUGUAAAGGUUGUCUGUCAGGAUUCGAACCUAUGGGCCCACCGUGUAGUUCUGAGCACAGUUUCCCCUUUUCUACGAAACCUGUUGGUAGAGUUUGAGAGAAGAGGAGAUGAUGUUAUCACAAUCUUUCUCCCGCUUAUAAAGGGUUAUCAUAUGAAACUGGUUCUAGACUAUAUAUACAGUGGUGCUAUGUACCUCUGCGGAGCACAUCUGCAGUACGUUAUACAGGUGAUGGAGGUUCUACAGUUGAAGUGCGGUGUGUCCGUGAACAAGAUGGUGAGGAACCAGGGUAGUGCCACGGAUCUGGAUUGGAUAGAGGUUGAGCACAGCACUGUAAAGAUUAAAUCUAAUAUUCCCCCCUGUCUUCCUCCUGUUGAUCCACAGACCCAGGCUAAACCAGCUCCAGAGAAAUGUAAAAAAAGCAAACCUGAACCUGAUCAUGUUGAUAAACACAAGACUAAAGAAGGGAUUGAAUGCGUAGACCUAGAUGCGUCUGUUGACGAGAAUGAUUCUGUUGAAUCUGCUGGAACUGCAAAACUUGAAAAAUCAACUGACUCUGCUAAACCUAAAGAACCCUCUGAGCCUGCCAACCACGAGACUGUUGUUGAUUCUGAAGUUUAUGAUGAGGAGGGAGUUACAGAGGUCACCGAGGUUACUGGAGAAAGCGAGGAUGAAGAUGAGGAUGAAGGGAACGUGAAGAAUACCGAAGAAACUCCAAAUUUGGAACCAAUCUCAGAGGAACCUGUUGUUGUUGAAGUAGAUGAAGAGUUUGCUGUAGAUUCAUUAACCAGCAGUCAAGCUGGUUCAAACAAUGGGAAGAAGCAUAAGUGUGCGCUGUGCGGGAGGUUGUUCAGAUUCUACGAAAACCUUAGAAUUCAUCUAACCGGACAUCUUGGAGUAAAGGUUAGUUUGAGUCGAUGUCACACUUGUCGCAGGAAUUUUAAAAAUCAGAACGAGCUGACUCUUCAUCUUAAAUCUCACAGUUAUGCCCGACAUCUUGGAAAAUACCGGUUGGCCAAGUCCGCCGCGGAGACUGCGAGAACAGAGGCCAAGAUCAUCACAACAGCCGGCGCUAAGGAUAAAAAGAUUUUGAGAAAAUACACUAAAAAGCGGCAAAAUAUGUUGACGAGGCCAGAUAAACAGCAGCAGGGUGAAACAUCAGUAGUACUGGAGGCUGAAGAUCCUGCUACCGAGGUUUCAGAGGACGAGAGUGAUUCCACAUCAAGGCCACGAGGUCGGUCCCAGAGGGUCGAGAAGAUAUGUUGCGAGAUUUGUAGUAAAAAAUUUGAUUCCAAAUAUUUCUACUUAAGUCACAUGGAGACGAAACAUCGAUCAACAAAAGAGGAUACCGUAGUCAAGCAAGGACGGAAGAAAUCUUCAGCCUCUGAGUCCACCUCUUCCAACGAUAAGUCUCCUGGUUCCGUAUCCUCGGAGAAAAGAGGAGGAGUCCUGAAACCUGUUCAAAGUAAAGGAGAAGUGGUCAGCUCGAAUCCAUACUCUCGCCAGUACUCAACCCCGACUAGGAAGCGAGAUACUUCUGACUCGGAUAUGUCUCCAGCUCCUGUCUCGAAGAAACGAAGAGAAUCAUUUCCUGGUAUUAAACCAGCACAAAGCACACCCGAGAGGUUGACCGCUAAGAGUCUGCAGUGUCCGGACUGUGACCGUGUUUUUGUUGCAAGCUCUAUAUUAGAGCGUCAUCUCUUCACAGCCAAGCAUGGAGUGUACAGCAUGUACUCCAGUGACUCUGGUCCUGGUUCCCCUCAUGUACACGCCCGAGCUCCUCCUCCUAUACCACAUGUACCAAACAGACAAGUUGAUUGUCAUCUGUGUGGACAAAAGUUUAUGAGGGUGAAGGAUCUUGCUAAACAUAGAGAGAAGGUCUGUACUGCUUGGAUCAAUACAGGACAGUAGACUGAACUAAACUGGAUCCAUAUAGGCGUUAACCAGAUUAAACUGGAUUAAUCUUAGCACAGCUGCUUGUAUCCAUAGUAAACCAGAAUAAACUGGAUCCAUAUAGGACCGUAAACUAGAUAAAACUGGUUCCAAUCCGAACAGCUGUUUGUUGUGUGCUAAUUUAAUCAAACCAGUGGAAACAGCUGAAAUGAUAAUUAGCUCCUUAAUGUUGGAUGAAGAUAAGUUCAAUGAUAAAUUCAGUGAUCAAGCAAUUUCAAAAGUCACCUCAAGAAGGCAUAAAUUAUCAUCAAUUCUUUUUUUAUGAAAGUGAUUUAAUUUCAACCCAGAUUCCAGAUUGCUUAUCAGAUUUUAAUACAAAACGUCCACUAAUAUCAAUUAAGAUGCAUACAAAUUCAAAAACCAACAUCUGAACAAA